UCCUAGUGAUGUUUUGUGUUUUGGUGUCGCCGAGCAUGCGCCAGAACAAAAACGUCAGCUAGCUAGCUAGUUUUUUUAAACAAAAUAUGCACAUUGCUGUUUUAAUUUAUUGUUAACCAGUUGAACGCUUGACGCUGUCAUAACCACGAUGAUCCCCAUUCCUGUUGUCGUGUGUGUUGUGGGCGGAUGGUGCGCAGUGUAUCUGACCGACACAUUGCUCAAGUCCUCCAGCCGUGUGAAGAUUGGUUAUGAGAGCUGGCUGUCCUCCAAUGGUCUGGCCCUGUCCCCUUUCCACAUCAGAUGGCAGACAGGACUCUUCAACUGGCUGUUUGCCCGGUGUGCGCGUCUCAACCCUCAUUUCCUGUUCCUGUGGUUCAGUGCGGGGAUGGUUUUUGGAGUGGUGGCCAUGUUUGGGUCAGUGGUGUUACUGACCCGCACGCUGCUGCAGACUCUUGCCCAGAUGAUGUCCGAGAGCCCAGAGGGCUCCAAUGAACAGGUGCUCCAAGUCGUGGUACCUGGUGUGAAUCUUCCAGUCAGUCAGCUGGCCUAUUUCUUCAUUGCCAUCCUGAUCAGCGGGGUCAUUCAUGAGUUUGGCCAUGGGGUAGCAGCACUUAGGGAGCAGGUGAGACUCAACGGUUUCGGGAUGUUCGUGUUUGUGAUCUAUCCUGGGGCCUUUGUGGAUCUGUUCACCACACACCUCCAGCUCAUCUCACCUAUCCAGCAGCUGCGCAUAUUCUGUGCAGGGGUAUGGCAUAACUUCAUGCUGUGUGUGGUAGCUCUGUGUUUCCUGUUGUUACUCCCUCUCUUCCUGCUCCCACUGUACUCAACUGGAGCAGGGGCACUUGUCACGGAAGUGGUGGAGGGUUCAGCUGCCAGUGGGCUGCGAGGCCUGUUUGUUGGUGAUCUAGUGACCCAGCUGGAGGACUGCCCUGUGCAGGGGGUGGAUGACUGGCACUCCUGCAUCAGAAAGCUAUCCCAGUCUGCGCAAAUGGGCUACUGUGUCCACAGCAGCAGCCUGCAGCUCAGCUCAGCCACCGGAAGAGUGUACAGGCGUCUGGAUGGUACGAUGGAGUGCUGCAGUAAUGGUAGUCUGACGGAUCUCUGUUUUUCCUACAGUCAUGACAUGGAGAGCAAGCUGUAUGCCUGUCUGCCAGCCCGUAAGACCAUGGAGUUGAGCCGAACAUGCCAGUUGAAUGCAGACUGCCAAACAGACUUGACAGCCAGCCUGUGUGUGGUGCCGUCCCUGGAGAAUCUGACCCGUUUGAUCCGUGUGCACCACCCACCCCAGCCCCACAUGCUGUUCCUGGGCUACCCCCCGCACCUGCAGAUGGCAGUAAGUCUCACAAACUUCAUCCCACGGCUUGGCUUCCUGAACCUUGACCUGCCUGUGACCAUUGAAACAUUUUGCAAGUACCUGGUAUCCCUGUCGGGAGCCCUGGCUGUGGUGAAUGCAGUACCAUGCUUUGCCCUGGAUGGGCAGUGGAUACUCUCGUCUUUCCUUGAGGCCACGCUGAGCUCAAUGGUGACAGAAAAGAACAACCUUGAAUUGCUGGGCUUUUUCAUCCUGCUGGGCGGCAGCACACUGCUGGCUGCUAACGUGGCCCUGGGACUGUGGAUGAUCACUGCACGGUAACGGGGCAGGCACAGCCAGGCCUUUUUAGACUUUGGGAGGAGCCGGGGAACACACCAAGCAACAUCUCUUCUCAGUAGCUUCAGAGCACAGCAGGAGCUCUGUAUCCCAGCAUCCUCUGUCACCCAUUGUGAAGAGGUGGGGGCUGCGUUCAUGGUCCCAUUUGGCUUUGCAACUGAUUGUAUGGCCUGCUUCCAUGUUGUUUUUGGUCUGUUGCAGAGCUCCCAACAGGCUCUGGUGAGUAACCAAUGGAGGGGCCUAAAACUAUAACUCUCAGCAGUCACAGAGGGUCCUAUGACAACAUCUCCCAAAAGGCCCAGUAAGCACUCCAGCAGGGGCCACUGAUCUGGUGUUCGCCUGCACAGUGUUUCCUCUCAGAACCCCCAGUCUGAAUUGGGGAGGACCAAAGCAAUAAUGAGACUGACUUUGAGAUGUUUUAUUUUACUUGUUUUGUAGUGUGGAUUGUUCAUCAGACAGACACAAGCACACAAUUUUUCCACUCAUACACAACAAAAGCACAAGGUGAAUGCUCUUGUCCACACCAGUUGCACAUACAGUAUGCCCUUUCACUUGCUGGAUUUUUUCUUUUACAUUUGCAUUGUGAAGAGAAUUUUAUGUGACUAGAUUCUUUUUUUUCCCCCCACACAUAGACCAAUGUCCCUUAAGUAGUAAUCAGUCUUCUUUUCCUGUGUUUUAGAUUUCACUGUUCACUGUUUCUGAAAGUGCAUUUUUCUCUUGCACAAAGCAAUCUUUCCCUGGUGUUGCAAGGGACUCUCCUGAACUAGAUUUUUCCCCUCUAACCUUGUUCUUAAACAUCUGCUAUAAUGUGGAUCGAGUUAAAAACUUUCAUGAAAUUAGAUGUAUUGUCUCCAAGGGUGUCAUUUUUACUUUCACAGCAUUGGGGGGAACACAGCUAGGCAGAAUGCCGCAGUUUUUACAAGCAGCACUGCAGUGAUCUUUCAGAGGUAAAUGAGGCAAUAAAUUAAUUUUAUAAGAAACAGGAGAUAUGCCUAUUAUUUUUUUCCCAUCUCCUGUUCGCUAGCUGGACAGCUAAGCAGCAAGUAUUGUUACAGCCGAAAUGUACUAGCUGGCUAAAUUAAUAAUCAUUUCACAAUUAAAUCCACCUGUUAUCGGCUUGCUUUUCACUGUUCCCAAUCUCAAACACUCAAAAACUUCAGCUUUUAAAAAAAGUGAAUCUGGAUUAUUAUAAGUAAUUUUUAAUGUAAAUGUUUUGUUCGUAUGUAAAGCACAAUUGUUCAUACCCACAGCGGUAGAUCCUGCAAAAAAAUCCCUUUCGAAAUUUGCAGUCUAUUCACUUGAAUGGCAUCAUUGCGCAAUGCGAAAUAUCAAUGACUUCAAAUUCAGAUCCACUUUGGUGUUUCACAGAAAUGUUUUGCUGUUUGGCCUCUGCCUCAGUCGUUAGUAACCAUAUACUGUAGAUGUUCACAUUUCACUGCCAAAGUUAACUAAGUUAGCUGCAUCAUCUACAUUAUCAUAUUAUGAAAAAGAACACAUUGGACAACCAAAUACACAAGUUUCCCAACAGUCUGCAUAUCAGAAAAUAAGAAAAUAGGCUACUGCUUUCAAAGACAGUUAAUUUAAUUAAUAGUGUCUGGAUUACAUUCUCUGCACAUAUUUGUCAUGUUUGGAUGCUGCUGUUGUCUUUUUUUUUUUUUUAAGUGAGUACCAAUGAAGCUGCUUUGUUUGUUGACUGUAUAUAAUAUAAAACCAGACUCUAACCUUCUGGUUGGUAACAGCUUUGAUACUGCUACAAAUUUUCUUGCACCAUAUUAACAUUUCGUAAUAUAAUGUAAAAGGGACUGAACAUUGCAGGGGAUAGGUAAAGCUUUCUCAGGGAUGAUGCAGUAUCAUGUCAUAAGGGGGCAACAAAGCUUCAGUUCCCUACUCAUAGCAGUCAGAAACUCUUUUACUAAGUCUCACUGACAGAUCUAUCAUGUAAUGGUAAGUAAUUUAUUUCAUGUUUAAGUAUUGGUAAAUGAUAAAUGGUCUGCAUUUAUAUCGCACUUUUAUCCAAAGUGUUGCAUUCACACAUGCACACUCACACACCAACAGCGAUUGUCUGCCAUGCAAGGGACACUGAGUCUGAUUAGGAUUUGGUAAUCUUCAAACCUCCGACUGGUGGGAUUGAACCGCCUGAGCCAAUGUCGCCCCAUAAAUAUUAACUUAUUUACUCUAUUAUUUUGGUUUCAGAUCUAUAGACAAAAAAUAGAAAAAGGGAACCUAAGAAACCUAUUUAAAGAAAUUUAUAUGACCGUUUUAACUGCAAUCGAACACUUCCUAUAAUUUGAUAUUAGUCUUUCACAUUGCUAUGAAGGUAUUGUCGCCCACUGUUCUUUGCAGAACUCCUUUCAUUCUGGCAAAUUUUGUUUGGUAUGGAGUUAAUCAAAGGAAGAGAUGAGAAAAAAAGUUGUUGAAAUAAAUCGAUCUGCAAAGGGUUACAGAGCUAUUUCUUAGUAAAUCAUGUAACAUUUGCCAGAUUUAGCCAUAGGAGCAAAUUUUUCUGUAGUCCCUACACCCCUGACAAAGAUGACAGCCAUGGGUUUUUCCUAUAAUUUGCCUUGGUGGCCUGCUAACCCAAUAGCUGGUCAAGCCUUCAGUAAGGUUACUGAAGGUAACAACUUAUGGCUGGAGUAUUAGUUGGUGCAGUGGGUAGAACUGCUUCCUGGCAGCAAGAAGGUCCUGGGUUUGAGCCCCACCUGGGCCUUUGUGGCGUUUGCAUGUUCUUGUGUCUAUUUCCUCUGUGUACUCCGGUUUCCUCCCACAGUCCAAUGACAUGCAAGUUUUGGUUAAUUGGAGAGUCUAAAUCGCCUCUCGAUGUGCUCCUGCCUUUGCCCUUGAACGAACGCCAAACAAUAUAUGAUCCCAAUAAACUUCUUUCUGCUCAUAGGAGCUAACUAGCUAGGUAAUCACUACUAUUUAUAGUAACUAUAAAUAUACUAUCCUGUAUAAUUCAUUCAUUUUUUCCCAAAUACGACUGCAGUUUCACUUCUACAGGAUGAGGGUGCUUGCUUUUGUUGCCGCAUGGGUUGGCCACUUACCACAGCCGGGAGUUUGCCUAGGCUACUACCCCGAUCUACUGAAGGGGAAUGGUGAACACGGAUAUACAGUGCUAGAGACAUUUUAAGCUCUAAUAGAGACAGAGACAGACUAUGUAAAGCUGCAAAAAAAACUAAAAGGGUCACAUUUCAAAAGAAGGUUCAUGAAUUGGCAUUAACUUUAGCUGUAUUUUUUUAUGCUUUCUUCUCAUAUGACCCAGCUAUCAUUAGCUAGCUAGGUAGCUACUAUUUGCCAUAACUACUGUACUGUAGUAUCCACUGGAGAAGAGCAAAGAAAGAAAUCCUGCAUAGUAUGCCUUUAAAUAGUGCUUGUGGACCACAGGCAGCAAAACAUCAAAGACCCACGGCUAUUUGACAGUAGGUAUGAGGUGCUUCUCCUUGUAUGCUUUCCUCUUUUCCCACCAAACAUCAAUGGUGUGUAUGACCAAAAAGUCAAAUUUGGUCUCCUUUCACCAUAUCACUCUCUUCCAGUCAUAAUUGUAAUGCUGUUUGGCAAACUGCAGAUGCUUGGUUUUGUUUAUUGUGCUCAGUAAAGUCUUUGUGCCACCCUUCCAAAAUAAUUUGUUGGCAUGGAGGUGCCAUUUUAUGGAUAUUUUUUAGACUUGGUGACUCCAAGAUGCAACCAAUAGCUGGAAUUCUGAAACUGAGUUCUCAAUGGCCUCCCUAGACAUUUUCCUCACCAUCCAUGGGGACAGUGCAAUGUUUUAUUUGCCCAUUACCAGACCAGUCAAUUAGUUAGAUGAGCUGAUCCCUAUUAGGACACCCAAAAAAGUGUUUAGAGGUGGAAUCGAUCGGAAUUAGUAAUUACUUCCUUCUUCCUUAUUCUGUUUCCUCCUGUUUGUCUUUUAGGCAUGUGAUUGUGAGCUUCAACUGUGUAUUUUACUGUAUGUUUUUAAUGUUGCGUUUAUGUUGUUUGCAACACUGUAUUGCUGCUAUCUUGGCCAGGGCUCCCUUGAAAAGGAGAUCUUGUAAUCUCAAUGGCACUCGCCUGGUUAAAUAAAGGUUAAAUAAAAUUUAAAAAAUCUA